CCAAUUGUUUUCCCGCCAUUCAUUUUUCCUCAGGGGAUUUUAGAAACAUUUAAAAUAAGAGCUGUGUUUCGUGGCUUACCCUGGCGUGAUGUUUUGAUAACUGUGUAAAGCUCUCUAGGACAAAGUGACUUUUUAUAAAUAUAUUUGCCUGUAUUUACCCCCCAAUAAUGCAUUGCAAAUUAGCUGCUAAUAUGGCUAUCAUAAAGGACUACAAAUGCCAUGAUGACCUGGACGAGACUGCUGAAUCGAGGCAAUGGAUGUCUCAGUUCACCGAUGAGCCUCGCUUCACCAUCGAGCAGAUUGACCUGCUCCAACGGCUGAGGAGGACGGGGAUGACCAAGCCAGAGAUCCUCCACGCCCUGGAUACCCUGGACAGACUGGACCGCCAACACGGACACAAGUUUGGACGCCGCCCCCAGACGCAGCCCCAGCCUGUCGGUCAGGGACCGACGUCCAAUAGCAAUGCUAAUAUGACGUCGUCUUCCUCGUCCAAUAAUGUUGUGGCGUCCUCGUCGACGUCCACGGCCGCCACACAGACUGCUUACCAGGCGAAUGGGAGUGGCGGGAGUGGUCUGUCGCCGUCACCUAGCAACAACUAUGAUAUGUCGCCGCCCCCUCCGGCGGUUGUAUCUGCCCCUGUUGCUUUGGCAGCGGUGGCUCAGAACGGGUGUGGUGGGGUUGGUGGCGGCGGAGAGAUUGUUGCCAUGACGAACGGAAAGCUGUCUCCACCACGGUUUCCUAUCAAUGUUAGUGCGGUUAGUGGUGGCGUGACGGGGAGAGGCUACGGGUUUGAGGCCAGCGAGGAGGAACUAGACGUGGACGACAAAGUGGAGCAACUCAUGAGAAGGGACAGUGCCAUAAUCAAGGAGGAGAUCAAGGUGUUCCUGGGGAACAGGCGCAUCUCUCAGGCCGUGGUGGCUCAGGUCACAGGUAUCAGUCAGAGUCGUAUCUCCCACUGGCUGCUCCAGCAGGGCUCGGACCUCAGUGAACAGAAGAAGAGGGCCUUCUACCGCUGGUACCAGUUGGAGAAGACCACCCCCGGUGCCACUCUGACGAUGCGGCCCGCCCCCAUGUCUCUGGAGGAUGUGGUUGAGUGGCGGCAGACUCCGCCCCCUAUAAGCUCCACCCCCGGGAGCUUCCGUCUGCGCCGAGGCAGUCGGUUCACCUGGAGGAAAGAAUGUCUGGCUGUGAUGGAGAGUUACUUCAAUGACAACCAGUACCCUGAUGAAGCUAAAAGAGAGGAGAUCGCUAACGCCUGCAACGCUGUCAUCCAGAAACCAGGGAAGAAGCUGUCUGAUCUGGAGAAAGUCACGUCUCUGAAGGUCUACAACUGGUUUGCCAACCGCCGCAAGGAAAUCAAGAGACGCGCCAACAUAGAAGAAGCAGCAAUCCUGGAGAGUCAUGGGAUCGACGUCCAGAGUCCUGGAGGACACUCCAACGGCGAUGACAUUGAGGGGAAUGACUUCCCUGACCAGGGCUGUGAAGUCCCUCUGUUUGAGAAGAGAGCUGUUACCAGACCCUUCAGUCGACUAGACCUGUCCUCUCCCACACAGGUGCCCACCCUGCUGCCCAGCUGGCUGGCGGCUUGGCCCGGCUCGGGCAGGGGGGGCUUGGCUGCCCAGAGGGCUAGCUCUCUGAUUGGCCGCUCCUUGCUCUCUGGGUGGGGUCUCGCUCAGGGGGCGGGGAUGGAAGGUUCCAGACUGACAGGUGUGUCCUGGUCUCCCCCCUCCCCCCAGGAUGAUGACUCCACCAAUCACAGCAAUGCCCUGGAGCACCAGGAUCCCAUCGCCCUUGCCGUGGAGAUGGCGGCCGUCAAUCACAGCAUCCUCGCCCUGGCAACGCAGGCGGGGGGAGGAUUGGCCCUGGGCGGGACAGGAAGUGACAUCAAAACAGAGGUGCUGGACGACUAGGGAUGAGAGAGAAACAUGUAAUUCUGCAUUCAGAAUCAAAUGGGAAGGUGGUAAACCAGUUGUGAAGUCGCAAAAACGUGUUUGGAUGCAUUCACGCGCUUUGAACUCGUUGAGAAACGUACAGCUAUAAUGCUUGUAAACAAAUUAGUGUUCAAAAAAUAUUAAUAUAACUAUAAAAAGCAAUGUUUUGUUGUUGCAUUUAACUGCCAAAAAUGCUGUUAUCGAAGUCAUUUCCUUAGGUGACGUCAGAGUUCAGGAAUGAUAGACGGGUUUCCCAUUAGCAGCUACCAGUCAGUUGUAUAUGGUAAAUACCACAUUCCCACUUGGUUAUGAACGCAGCAUAUGAUUGUGUGUGCGUGCGUGCGUGCGUGCACGUGAGGAUGAGGCUAUAGUAGAGUAGGAAAAAUAUUUGUUGGGAGCAAGUAGAGCUUGUUGGAACAUUAUACUGUAAAUGAUGACCAAAAGUAAUGCUUAGGCUUAGAGACUGUCAAAGCUAAGGUAACAGGCCUCCCCUUACCUCUACCACCCCAUUUCCUAACCCCUUUAGACUGUUCUAGAGGUAUUGUGUUGGGAGGCCUGGCCCUAAAGUUGUCUAUGAAACAGUCAUACAGUGUAUGUACAGUGUGUGAGGUAUAUUAUGCUCUUGUCUGUGUGAGUCUAAAGAAUCAGAAUAGGUUAUUAUGGAACCCUGGACACCUCCCUCUAAGCAUAGAGGGCUCCUGCCUUGGCACCUUCUCCCCCAACGUGCGCAGUCUGCUAUUUGAUUCCUUGACUCCUCGCUCACUCCGUCUUUCUUCUCCACCUCACCCAGACAUAUUCUCUUUCUAUGUAUAGUCUUCUCUUUGGCUUUGCCUCUUACACUGUCUGUUCGCCCCUCCCUUUCCCCUCUCAUCUGUCUGCCCCUUUUCAUUUGUCUCCAUCUUCGCAGUAUAAGGGAGAGAGAGGUGAGGGUUCUCAACAGGCCUCUGUAAUCCCUCAAAUGUAUAAAUAUAUCCCCUUGUUGUAGCACUACCUAAGCUGGGUAGGUUUUAAAGCAAGUGAAAAUCCGACAUUCAUUAUAUUAUUGCUUGAGAGAGAGAGGACUCGUGCAAGCUAGUGAAAGGGGCCAUACGUGGUUGUUAUGGGGGUAACUAUAAGCAUAUUGAAGCUGUACCCAAACCAUUUGUUUUUAGCUUUUAACCGUAGCUUAGUCUGUUCCCUUAAAUUAAGGUGUCAUAAUCAUGUUCCCCAGUUGAGAGAAAAUGCGUUACUACACUGUUCAAAAAAUGAAGGGAACACUUAAACAACACAUUGUAACUCCAAGUCAAUCACACUUCUGUGAAAUCAAACUGUCCACUUAAGAAGCAACACUGAUUGACAAUAAAUUUCACAUGCUGUUGUGCAAAUGGAAUGGACAACAGGUGGAAAUUUUAGGCAAUUAGCAAGACACCCCCAAUAAAGGAGUGGUUCUGCAGGUGGUGACCACAGACCACUUCUCAGUUCCUAUGCUUCCUGGCUGAUGUUUUGGUCACUUUUGAAUGCUGGCGGUGCUUUCACUCUAGUGGUAGCAUGAGACUGAGUCUGCAGCUCAUCCAGGAUGGAACAUCAAUGCGAGCUGUGGCAAGAAGGUUUGCUGUGUCUGUUAGCGUAGUGUCCAAAGCAUGGAGGAGCUACCAGGAGACAGGCCAGUACAUCAGGACACGUGGAGGAGGCCGUAGGAGGGCAACAACCCAGCAGCAGGACCGCUACCUCCGCCUUUGUGCAAGGAGGAGCACUGCCAGAGCCCUGCAAAAUGACCUCCAGCAGGCCACAAAUGUGCAUGUGUCUGCUCAAACAGUCAGAAACAGACUCCAUGAGGGUGGUAUGAGGGCCCGACGUCCACAGGUGGGGGUUGUGCUUACAGCCCAACACCGUGCAGGACGUUUGGCAUUUGCCAGAGAACACCAAGAUUGGCAAAUUCGCCACUGGCGCCCUGUGCUCUUCACAGAUGAAAGCAGGUUUACACUGAGCACAUGUGACAGACGUGACAGAGUCUGGAGACGCCGUGGAGAACGUUCUGCUGCCUGCAACAUCCUCCAGCAUGACCGGUUUGGCGGUGGGUCAGUCAUGGUGUCGGGUGGCAUUUCUUUGGGGGGCCGCACAGCCCUCCAUGUGCUCGCCAGAGGUAGCCUGACUGCCAUUAAGUACCGAGAUGAGAUCCUCAGACCCCUUGUGAGACCAUAUGCUGGUGCGGUUGGCUCUGGGUUUCUCCUAAUGCAAGACAAUGCUAGACCUUAUGUGGCUGGAGUGUGUCAGCAGUUCCUGCAAGAGGAAGGCAUUGAUGCUAUGGACAGGCCCGCCCAUUCCCCAGACCUGAAUCCAAUUGAGCACAUCUGGGACAUGAUGUCUCGCUCCAUCCACCAACGCCACGUUGCACCACAGACUGCCCAGGAGUUGGCGGAUGCUUUAGUCCAGGUCUGGGAGGAGAUCCCUGAGGAGACCAUCCGCCACCUCAUCAGGAGCAUGCCCAGGCGUUGUAGGGAGAUCAUACAGGCACGUGGAGGCCACACGCACUACUGAGCCUCAUUUUGACUUGUUUUAAGGACAUUACAUCAAAGUUGGAUCAGCCUGUAGUGUGGUUUUCCACUUUAAUUUUGUGUGACUCCAAAUCCAGACCUCCAUGAGUUGAUAAUUUGUGUGAUUUUGUUGUCAGCACAUUCAACUAUGUAAAGAAAAAAGUAUUUAAUAAGAAUAUUUCAUUCAUUCAGAUCUAGGAUGUGUUAUUUUAGUGUUCCCUUUUUUUUGAGCAGUGUAUUUUAAGAUUUCCAAUGCACCCUUGAUUGGCAAUGUCCCUAUCACAGGGGGCUGCUGAGGGGAUGAAGGCUCAUAAUAAUGGCUGGAAUGGAGUAAAUUGAAAGGUAUCAAACUCAUGGACCAUGUGUUUGAAACCAUUCCGUUCCAGCCAUUAUUAUGAGCCCAUCCUCUCCAAUUAAGGUGCCAGCGGCUGCCUGUGGUCCCUAUUAUUCUUAGUACUGGGAGUAAUGCAAACACUUAUUUUUCUAUCCUUUAUAUGCCAUGACGUCUUCAACACAAGCUGUUAUCCAAGAUACUUUCUUUUAAAUUGUAUUUUCUCUUUUAAAAAUAAGUCACUUUAUGGGAGUAGCUACUAUGGGGCUUGAGUUUCCUGCCCUCGUAGCUUAUUGGUCGUUCUGAGUGAUUGACAGACCAGGCAAGCAAUAGGAGGAAGAGAGACUGAUCUGUUGGCUGACACAGGUUCAAAAGGUAAGGGGUCAAGUGUUAGGUCUACCUUUCCUUAUAAGCUAGGUUCCCCCACUCCCAGGUCGCUGCUUUUAAUGUGAAAUAAGUUAUGUAGGUGAAUAGCCUUUUUUUUUUUGUGUACCUUAAAAGGGGUAGUUCAAAUUCAAGUUGACCAGAUUCAAACGUGAUUUUGUUGUGUAGGUUCCUUUUAUGAUGAAAUCAGCAGACCUCAAUCCCAAACUACUGAGAAACUUUCUCCUUGCCAGUUCCACACAACAGUCAUGGUGGGAUAUGGUCCCAGUUUAUUGUUAGACCACUUCUGAGCAGGGCUUGGAACCAGUUCAGGGAACAGAAACAACCAACAGAAUCAGAACGAAGGUGAUCUAUACUGUUAUUUUAAAACCAUGGGAUCCGGCUAAUAAUGCUAUUUUACGUUCCGUUCAUUUUCUCUGUCGCGCAACAAACCGCCUAUGCAAAGCACUCACUCUGUCAUUAAGAAACUUAUUCCGGUGUCUGCCAGCUGAACAUCUUUGCCAGUGUGCGUGUAGGCUACCUGCCCCUCCCCAUCCGAAGUAUUGUUUACUGUAGCCUACUGACGUUACAAGUGUGAUUCAGAAAUUAGGGAGAGCUAUUUGUAAUUAGAGAAGAAUUGAUUAACCUGUUCAAUGUUGGUUAUCACGUUUCACAUUGGAUUUAUUAACUACCAAAAGGUAAGAUGUGUUUUUAUUUUAAUUCUGGUGCCGCUCUUCACACACAAGCUUGUUAGCUAGCUCUGGUCCAACAUUAAGCCUACUCUUUGAAAAUAAAAGUUCCUCCAUAAAUGCCACUCCUCCACAUGUAUAAUUCUGUGGGCCUAAUUCAGAUAAUGCAUGUCAUAAGGUGCCCAGCGCUUCAAGCCAUCCUCUCGCUCUCUCCCCCCACUCGAUUUCAGAGGUUUAAAAAAAGAACAGAAAGAACGACAUUAAAAAAGUAACGUUUUUUCCCGUUCAAACCUCUGUGGGAACAGAGGAACGCAACAAAAAAUAUGGUUCUGUUCAGAAUUAAACUAAUAAAUAAUUGGUUCCAACCCCUGCUUCUGAGGUAUUGAGAUGUUUGGAAAACGUUAGUGUCUCGUGACAUACUGUUAGCUGACCAAGUUGCAGAGAUGACUCAAAAUUGAUGUUUGGGUGAACUGUCCCUUUUAGUAGGCCAAUAUAUAUUAAAUGACAGCCAAGCUGACCUGUUUCUGCUGCUUCCGAGGUUCCACUAACACCUAGUGCUUUGUUCUGUAUCAAAUAUGUAUCUUACAAGAUCAGACUGAGGCAGAAAAAAAAACAUUUUAUUUUCGAUUUGUUACUUAAAUCUUUCCAUGUGUAAAACUCUGGCAAGCAGAAAUGUAUAGUAUGACAUUAAUCAUUGAAAUCAUGUUUGUUUUUCCAUUUUGAUAUGCAGUGGGCCCGAUUCAGACUUCGUAAAUGUACGCCUUUCCUAAGCACUUCUCAGUAGUUAGUAUUUAGAUUUACCUUUUAUGCAGGUGCAUAAAGGGCUUUUCAGGCGUGGUUCCCUUGUGCACACAGAAUACAUUUAACUCAACUGCUGAAAAGCCUCCCACUUUCUGGCCAGCUGAUUUUCUCUUGGAGUUUUCAGUCAAUAGGGUUUUCAGUACAUUUAUCUAAAGCCAUAACUUUAAAUUUGACACUCACUAGAACAGGGAUGGGCAACUCCAGUCCUUGGGGGGCAUGAUUGGUGUGACACUUAACACGCCUGACUCCAAUAAUCAAGAUCUUCAGUUUAGAAUGCAAUUAGUUUAUUCAGCGUGUUGUGUUUGUUAGGCAUGGGCCAAAAGUGACACCACUCCGGCCCCCUGCACUAGAAUAUAUGGAUCGAUGAAAGGCCAUGUAAAUACAUGCAUAUUAAUCUCAUUUUCAGCACCAAUCGGUAGAUUUAAAAAUACUCUGAUCUUGUGUAUUAUUUAGGGUUAGGAAAGUAUUUAUAAAUAAUAAAACAGGUUUGGAGAGCCUUUAAGCAUGAUAGGUUGGUGAAUCAAAAAUAGUCGUAAAUAUUAAUCCUGAAAGUUGCCAUAUUCAAUUGUUCAAUCCAUUAAAUAUUGGAAAGUGUAGAAUAGGGGGAAUAAAGUUACAUUUAUGCACGCAUAACUUGGGUCUGAGUCGGCCCCAAACGACCGUGUUUUUCAUUGCCCUAUUGUACUCUAUCAUCAAAGGCAAAACUUAUCCUUCAGGGUUCUGAGCUCUUUUACUAGUCUCUCGAGACUGUUUAAUUAUUGUUAACGCCAUAUCAAGUAGUGAGCUAGCACAAGAUUUGGUUCUUUGGCAUCACCCAGAAUUUGAUGAAUCUGUCAAAUCUACAAAUUUAAAUUGGUACUGUAUACAAAACCAGGUGAAAACAUCUUUGCUAAAGGACUGCUACUCAAUAAUGACCAUUAACCUCUGUGGGAGGGGUUUUGCCUUUAAAACUGUGAGGGAACAGCUAUUGCCAGUCCUCAUUCAUACAUAAUGUGAAUACAUGAAAUAACAAAUAUUCUAGAAGAUGAAAUGAAUAUAAAUGAUUGAAAUCACUGUUGUAUCAGAUUGAAAUAGUUAAACGAGUCCUGUUAUCUUCUAUUUCAGAAUUUAGUGCCUUUUUUGGACAGUAGACUGUUCUGUAAUUAAUAUGUAGAAAUCUAUAUGCCUUUUGUUGCAUUUGUUUGAAAAACAUUUUGUUAACUUGUUUAUUUUAGUAUUGUACCUACUAAAGAAUAAAGAAAGAUGAACAAUG